CACACAUCGUCAUCAUCGCGACAGAGACUCUCCGACGAAAUCAGCGGGAAAAAAGCGAAAUUUUCUGAGGAAUCUCAGAAGAUCGGAAGGUGAAGGCUAUGGCUAAUCUUCCUCCACCGUUCUCUUUGAAGCUUGCUUUUGGCGGCGGCGCUGUUAGCGGAGCUGGUUCGUCGGCCGGUGGUGCUGGGCUCGCCGGUGCUUCAUUAUCUAAAGAUCGGAAGAUGGCGUCGGCGGAGCAAUUGGUGCUCGAUCUCAGUAGUCCUGAACUCAGGGAGAAUGCUCUCCUCGAAUUGUCGAAGAAGAGGGAAAUCUUCCAAGAUUUGGCUCCACUUUUGUGGAAUUCUUUUGGUACCAUUGCUGCCCUUUUACAGGAGAUUGUAGCAGUCUACCCUGUUCUCUCACCUCCAACUUUAAAUCCUGCUCAAUCGAACAGGGUCUGUAAUGCACUUGCACUUCUUCAGUGUGUUGCUUCUCAUGUGGAAACAAGAAUGUUGUUCCUUAAGGCUCACAUACCUCUGUAUCUGUAUCCUUUCUUGAACACAACGAGCAAGUCGAGACCCUUUGAGUACUUACGACUUACUAGCUUGGGGGUCAUCGGUGCACUUGUCAAGCAGGUUGAUGAUACCGAAGUUAUCAGGUUCCUUCUUUCAACUGAAAUUAUUCCUCUUUGCCUUCGGACAAUGGAAAUGGGCAGCGAGCUUUCAAGGACUGUUGCUACGUUUAUUGUCCAAAAGAUACUGUUAGACGAUGUUGGACUUGAUUAUAUGUGCACCACAGCGGAGAGAUUCUUCGCUCUUGGUCGGGUUUUGGCAAGUAUGGUUGCCUCACUCGCCGAGCAACCCUCCCCGAGGCUAUUGAAACACAUAAUCCGCUGUUAUCUUCGGUUGACUGACAAUCCAAGGGCAUGUGAAGCACUUGGAAGUUGCCUCCCAGAUCUUCUCAGGGAUGCUUCCUUUAGCUCCUGCCUCUUUGACGACCAAGUAGCAACCUCAUGGCUUCAGCAGCUUCUCCACAGCAUCAGUGUCGGUAGACAAUCCCGGAUGCAAGCUGGAGCAUUCGAGCACAUGCUGGUGAAUUAAUCCAAACCCGACAUCUUAUGGUCCGAGAAAUCAAAAUCUGAUACGGAGGUAAAGCAGAAAAAGAAAUAUAUAGUAGUUACUCGGGAAAUACCCCCCUGUGAUUUCAUGUGACAGUUUAGAAACCACAGGAAGAGGUUUAUAAGAAACCAGAUUAGCAGAUUUAUUUGUCUCAGCAAUGUCCCUGAGCUCAAAACUGUAGACCAAGAAUCAAUAACUUCAUCAAUUUAGUAUAUGGUUUCAAGAUCAUAAUAUAUGAUUGAAAUUUGAAUCUUCAA